AUGACUUGUAAUUGUCCGAUAACCCAGCCGGGUCCCACGUUAGCCUCGACGUGCGGUGGGGCUCCUUUUAUGCUUUUCAUGGGCCUCCUCGAGGUCUUUUUGCGAUCUCAAUGCGACCUUGAGGAUCCUUGUGGCCGCCUCAACCAAACUCCGCUCCUCCAAGAGUACGAUUUUAUCAUCGUUGGGGGCGGAUCUGCUGGGUCGGUUGUUGCGAGUCGGUUAUCUGAGAUUCCUGAGUGGAGGGUGUUGUUAAUUGAAGCGGGAAUGGAUGAACCAACUGGGACUCAAGUCCCCUCGAUGUUUUUAAAUUUUUUGGGUUCCUCGAUCGAUUGGGGGUUCCAAACCGAGCCGGAGGAGGAAGCUUGCCUCAACGAGCACGAGGCGCGUUGUUAUUGGCCUCGAGGUAAAGUUCUCGGUGGGACUUCCGUGAUGAAUGGGAUGAUGUAUGUACGGGGUGCUCGAAAAGACUUCGACGAUUGGGCGAGGAUGGGAAAUCAAGGUUGGGGCUUCAACGACAUCCUCCCUUAUUUCCUCAAAAGCGAGGAUAACCAACAAAUCGAUAAGAUGGACCAAGGGUUCCAUUCUUCCGGCGGGUUAUUAACGGUUUCUCAAUUUCCUUAUCACCCCCCCUUAUCCAAAGCGAUUCUUAAAGCCGGGGAGGAAUUAGGGUUUAAAAUUCGCGAUUUAAACGGGAUGAACCACAUUGGAUUUGCGAUCCAACAAACGACGAAUAAAAACGGGUCGAGGAUAAGCACGGCGAGGGCCUUUUUGAGGCCUUUUAAGCAUAGGAGGAACCUCCAGAUUUUAUUAAACACGACGGUUUCGCGGGUUUUGGUUAAUUCGAACACUAAGGAGGCUUACGGUGUUGAGAUACUCAAAGAAGAUGGUUCUCGGCAGGUUAUUUACGCAACGAAAGAGAUUGUUGUGAGUGGAGGCGCGGUGAAUUCGCCCCAAAUCUUAUUAUUAUCCGGAAUAGGCAAUUCUGAGCAUCUUCGUAACUUAAAUAUACCAACGACGCAUCAUUUACCAGGUGUGGGGCAAAAUCUACAUAAUCAUGUCGCGUUUUUUUUAAAUUUUAACAUCAACGACACCAAUAGUGCCCCAUUAAAUUGGGCGACAGCCAUGGAAUAUUUGUUAUUUAGAGAUGGGUUAAUGAGCGGAACUGGAGUGUCUGAAGUAACCGCUAUGAUUAAUUCGAAAUAUUCAAGCUCAAUCGAUAAUCAACCCGAUCUUCAAUUCUUCUUCGGCGGUUUUUUGGCUAAUUGUGCCAAAACGGGACAAGUCGGGGAAAAACUCGAUAAUAGCAGCAGGCAAAUUCAAAUAAUCCCUGCGGUUCUUCACCCAAAAAGUCGCGGGUACAUCGAGUUAAAAGACUCAGAUCCUAGUUCGUAUCCUUUAAUUUUUGCGAGGUAUUACACUCACCCCGAUGAUGUUAAAGUAAUGAUCGAAGGGAUUAAAUUUGCUAUCAAAUUGAGCGAAACUGACGCUUUAAAAAAGUAUGGUUUCGAAUUGGAUCGGACGAAAGUUGAGGGGUGCGAGAAAUUCGAAUUUGGCUCCGAUGAGUAUUGGGAGUGCGCCGCUAAGAGGCAAACCGGGCCGGAGAAUCAUCAAGCUGGAAGUUGCAAAAUGGGGCCAGAAUCGGAUCAAAUGGCGGUGGUGAAUCCGUAUUUACAAGUUUAUGGCGUUGAUAGAUUACGAGUCAUUGACGCUAGCAUAAUGCCCAAAGUCACUUCAGGAAACACGAACGCCCCCACGAUUAUGAUUGCGGAAAAAGGAAGCGAUAUGAUCAAACAGAGAUGGUUAACUCCCCAAGCGGGGUUUUUUUACUCCCCAAUGAUGCCGAAUCAACGAAUUGACAGGCAAUGGGGAUCGUGGUGAAAAGAAAUUUCGGGGUUAAUUUAUUCGGUUUGUAAAUUAAUAAAUUUUUUAAACUAA